CAAGCAUCGUCACUCCUCUCUCCCCAUCUCCUCUGCCCGUGUCUGUUUUUCGGUUUCCUUCUCACGAUCGCUUAAUUAAUUUUCCCUUCGUUUGCUCUUUUUGUCGAAGUUGCAGUUGAGGAGCAUCUGCUAUACGGUUACCAGCCCCGUCGCCGUGUCAACCAGUUCCCCAGCUCAACAGUCGAAGGGACGACGCUCGCUCACAACUUUACACCCAUCAGUCGCUCCGCCCACCCGUGACACUGCAUACUAGAGGAACAUCUAGACACACUACUGGCCUCACAUCGAACAACACCACACGCUUCGUGAUCGGGGCUCCAGGCCUCACCCGCCGCCCACAAUGAGUUUCGUCAACAACUCUCGCAUGUCCAUCUACUCGACGACGUCGGCUGCGGGGCCACGUCCGGGUAACGCGUCCGCCCAAGUUUCUACGUCGACCCUGCUCAACGCCCUGCACACGACGUAUGGCAUGAGCCAGCCCUACCAUCUCGAGGCCAGCACCAGCCUGGUCGUAAACACUUGGAUCAAUGCAAGGACCAUGAUCAACGACCGCAUUGGUGGUACCGUCGACCUGCAGCUGGGCCGAAAGGCCUGGGAGCAUGCUCGACGUAGGGCAGAGGACGGCUGCAUCGUGCUGGGAUCCUUGCACGAGUCGUGCCCCUCCUUGUUCUCCCCCUUCAUUUCGGGGCUUCCGCUACAGGUUCCUGGCAGCUUCUACACAGCGCUCGAGGCCAUCAAAGCCUUCACCCACUGUGUCACACCACAGAACCCCUCUUUUCCUCGACACUCGGCUCUCGCCGCCGUCUUCACCAUCAACCUCCAAGGCAACCUGGUUGGAGCCGAGAUCAAGCUGUCCACGUCUGGCCUUGACACCCGCCAAGGAUUGCUUGAGAUCCCUUCUCACGCCGGAUUUCGAGCCUUCGAUGUUUUCUACUACUUAAACUCGAGCAAUGCCAGUAGGGCCGAGAAAGAGUACCUGAACAUCAGGCCUCUCGAGGAAUACACCUUCCUGAACCGGUCGGGGACGUAUCACCCUCCUUCCUAUCUCCCAGAUGCCGACGAUGCCGCAGCUGCAGAGGAUUGGCGCGCCAACCUCAAGGCCAUCGGCAUCAAAGGCAAGAAACUCCAGCGCCUCAUUGGCAGCCUCACGGCACUCCUCAAGUUGGGUGACACUCUCGGUUACUUCGUCGAUGGUGACGCCCUGGAGUCAAUUUGUGGGGAAUGCGCAGGUCUUCUAGAAAUCGAUGCCGAUGUCCUCCAGCGAAGAUUGAGCUCCAGUGACCGUGAAAUUGCUAUUGCUGGUAUCUAUGAAGCCAUCGUCGACUAUGUCGUUGAACACGCGAACGCUACUAUUAAAGAUGAAAUCCGAAGUGGCAGGGCCGCCUUCCCAUCCAGUGGGAGUGAUAGCGAUCACCCCGGCAUCAUGACUCCUCCCUCCGAGGAAGAUGGCGCGGACAUCGUCAAUAUCACCGUCUUGGAGGUGCCAAGCAAGGCACUCGGCAAAGCCAUAUCCCUUCGUACCGUUUUUGAUGACACGGAUGGAAUCAAUCGGGAGAUGAGAGAGGAUGGGGUUCAAUUCGCCACUGCUGGAAACUCGGUCCUUGAGAAUAUGAGAGAGGCGGUCCAAAACUGUGAAGCUGACCUCGGUGUGGAUGGGCCUGCGCUUCGCCAGCGUCAAACUGAUUUCGAAAAACGCGAAGUUGUUUUGGAAAAAAUUGCCCUAGAUAUUCAGGAAGAGGAUAAUUUUGUUCGAGGAAUUCUCCUGCCGGAGGAAGGCAAAGGGGUUGUUCUCGGAACACAGGGCCGCUUUGAUCUAGCGAUGACCGUCGCCAGCAGUAGAGUCUGGUUUCACCUCGGGCUUCAUCCAACAGACAACUCCCCAUCCUCACUCACUCAAGACCUGAACGCAUCCUGGUCGGCUGGAACAAUCUCUAGGCAGCUCCGGGAUUGGAGGCUACCCGAAUGGGCCAACCGUCGCAACAAGCACCUUGAUUUCACAGCCGAUUUUGACCAUCACGAAUUUUAUUCCCGUUAUAUGCAGCUGGGUUGUACUGAUGGUAAAGAUGGCAUUCAAAACUGGAUUCUCGAACGAGGCUGGAGCAAUGGAGAAGUCGUCAUCGGCGAACAGAGAGUAUGGAUCCGAGAGGGGUCCUGGUGGGAGGCAGAGUCGCAGAUUGAUCUCAAGGCACAAGAGAUUGAAUCCAACAACAUGCUUGGGAAUAUGGUCGGGGCUGGUGGUCUCGAGAGCGGUUAUUCAACGCAAAGCCCCGGCAUGGGAAGUGGAUUUUUCCCUCCUCUUCCAGAAGCUGCCCCUGUAGACAGCCAAACCAACCUUUUGCAGAGGCAUCAGAGCUCCGCGACUAUGGGCGCUCGCAGCGCUCUUGGUGCUCGAUCCAUUGCUCCCACCAGCGCGCCAACCUUGCUGAUGCGCCCUGGGGAUUAUGGCCUCGGAGUUAAGGGCGAUGAGAAUAAGGGAGUCACCUACUAUGACGAGGAAACAGGUGGAAACAAGGUCGUCACCGAGCAUCCCACUACAGCCACUAGAAGAAUCUGGGUCGCCUUCGUCUGGGCUCUGACAUUUUGGAUUCCCUCUCCUCUUCUCAGCUUACUUGGCCGCAUGAAGCGACCCGACGUCCGCAUGGCUUGGAGGGAGAAGCUCGUCCUUGUCAUGAUCAUUAUUCUCAUGAACGCCUUCAUCGUCUUUUACUUUGUCUGGUUUGGUAAGCUUUUAUGCCCGAACUGGGACAAAGCUUGGAACAACAAAGAGGUCUCUUACCAUCAAGGCGAUAACGAUUAUUGGGUCAGUCAUCAUGGUAGUGUCUAUGAUCUUUCGAAGUUUUGGAAGAGGCAGCACAGCGACACUUCUAUCAAGACAACCACCGAAAACAUGCAACCAUUCGCUGGCACCAACAUGGACGAGUAUAUCGUUCCUCCGAUCUACAUUGCCUGUCCGAACCUGGUUGAUAAUCCUACUCUCCAGCUGCGACCGAAUAACACCAUUACAAAUUCUAAUGCUCAGCACAUCUCCGGCAAUCUCACGACGCAACCCACAAGUAAAUUGCAUAAUUCACGCUGGUAUCCUGAUGUCUUCCUUCCGAAGAUGGACGAGUUCAGGAAGGGUGAUCUCGUCUGGGACGCAGGGAAGAUCAAGAGUGAGGGCCAAAACCAAAAUCAUAUGUGGUUUACCUUGCACGACAAGGUUUAUGAUCUCACUGACUACUUUCACACGCUGGACGAAAUGAACAACCUCGCUACGUACCGGUUUCUAGAUUCAGAGUUGGAGAAGAUGGUCACAAACUAUGCUGGCACGGACUUGAGUUCGAAUUUCGAAAACUCAUUAAACGAGACCGCGCAGCAAUAUAACCGACAAUGCCUCGAUAAUUUAUUUUACAUUGGAAAGACGGACUUCCGCAAAACUCCUAAGUGCCAGGUCAACAACUACAUCCUGCUUGCAUUCAGUAUCAUACUGUGCACAGUCAUUCUCGUCAAAUUUCUGGCUGCCCUUCAACUUGGAUCCAAACGACGCCCGGCGAACCAGGACAAAUUCGUCAUCUGCCAGGUGCCUGCCUAUACAGAAGGAGAGGACCAGCUAAGAAAGGGUCUCGAUUCACUCACUGCUCUCGCCUAUGACAACAAGCGAAAGCUCAUCUGCGUCAUUUGUGAUGGUAUGAUUGUCGGUGGUGGUAAUGAUAGGCCGACACCAAAGAUUGUCCUUGACAUCCUCGGUGUUGAUCCCAAGGUUGAUCCCCCGGCCCUUCCCUUCAAGUCCGUUGGGCAAGGUAGCGAACAGCUCAAUUAUGGAAAAGUCUACUCUGGUCUCUACGAAUUUGAAGGCAAUGUCGUUCCAUAUAUUGUUGUGGUUAAGAUGGGCAAAGAGUCUGAGCAGAGCAAGGCUAAACCCGGUAACCGUGGCAAGCGAGACUCGCAGAUCCUGCUCAUGAGCUUCCUCAACCGUGUCCACAAUCGCUCAGCUAUGAACCCUCUAGAGCUAGAAAUGUUCCACCAAAUCAACAACAUCAUCGGUGUGGAUCCCGAGCUUUACGAGUAUUUGCUCAUGGUCGACGCUGAUACCAUGGUUCGUCCUGAUGCUCUCAAUCGCCUAGUGGCAAGCUGCGCAAACGAUUCGAAAAUUGCCGGUAUUUGUGGCGAGACAAGUUUGGAAAAUGAAGAGAGGUCUUGGUGGACUAUGAUUCAAGUCUACGAAUACUACAUUUCCCAUCACUUGGCGAAGGCCUUCGAGAGUUUGUUUGGUAGUGUUACUUGUUUACCUGGAUGUUUCUGUAUGUACCGUCUUCGAACUGCCGACAAGGGCAAACCCCUCAUCAUUUCCGACAAAGUCAUCAAGGAUUACGCCGACUGCAACGUGGAUACUCUGCACAAGAAGAAUCUCCUCUCUUUGGGUGAAGAUCGUUAUCUGACAACUCUGAUGACGAAGCACUUCCCGAACAUGUCGUACAAAUUUGUCCCGGACGCAUACGCUCUUACAGCUGCGCCCGAAACUUGGAGCAUUCUUCUCUCCCAGAGACGUCGUUGGAUCAACUCAACCAUUCACAACUUGGCUGAGCUCGUCUUCCUCAAAGAUAUGUGCGGUUUCUGCUGUUUCAGUAUGCGCUUCAUUGUCUUCAUUGACCUGUUUGGUACCCUUAUUCUUCCCUCUAUCUGCGCUUACCUCGGUUAUCUCAUCUACACGAUAACAUCCAAAACGAGCCAAUUCCCGAUGUUCUCAAUCAUCAUACUUGCUGCCGUGUAUGGUCUCCAAGCUGUCAUCUUCAUCAUCAAGCGACAAUGGCAGCACGUUGGAUGGAUGAUCAUCUACAUUUUGGCCUUCCCGAUCUACUCAUUCGUUCUGCCACUUUACUCAUUCUGGAAGCAAGAUGAUUUCUCUUGGGGUAACACACGUGUUGUUAUUGGAGAGAAGGGCGUCAAGCAAGUGGUUACUCAAGAUGACGAGGGAUUCGAUCCUAAGAGUAUUCCCCUCCAGCGGUGGGACGAGUAUGCCUCUGCGAACGGCCUUCCAGGCCGCCGCGGUCUCGUUGGCCAGAACUCAGAGAAGGGUGCACAAAGCGCAUAUGACGAUGAUGGCUAUGAAAUGAACGACAUGCAAUCCGUCUACUCCUCCGUUAAGCCAGCUUCGACUAUCAUGUCCAACAUGCACCACAUCUCUCAUAUGCCACCACAAUCCCCUGGCCCGUAUCAGGGAAUGCACGCACGACAAUCUCAAUACUCGAACUUUACUCGGUAUCAAGAUAGUCCGCAGGACAACGGUCGUUUGAUGUCGAUGGGGGGCAUGAGCGAUAAUAUUAACAACACUCCCUACGCUCAGCGAGGCAGUGUAGCCGGAUUUCAGAGCUCCGAUAACCUCAUGGCCUCAACACCCCCUCUCAAUCGCGGACGAAGCCCGCUCGGGUUCUCGGCCUCCCGGCCAGGCAGCACAGUCAACUUCCAGAACAUGAUGAACGGACCCAGCGAUGCUACCAUUAUCGAAGUUGUUCAGGAAUUGCUCCGGGGAGCUGACUUGGACCGGGUAACCAAGAAACAGCUCGUGGCUCUCUCCGAACAGCGAUUGCAAACCCAACUUACGCACGAGAGGAAAAUCUUCCUCAGCCAGCAGAUCGACCUCGAGCUUGCGAAUAUGCUAUAAACCACAAAAAGUAGCAUUUGUUUUGCACCAGCAGUGUUGAUUCCCUCUUUCACGUCCCCCACGACGGAGACUUUUUCAGGGUUAAAAUGGAUCGAAUGCCAUCGUCAUUCCUUGGGCUGCAUCGGCGUAUGUAGCAGCUUUUUGGGAGUUUUGCUAAAAUGGGGAUGGUUAUUGUUUUUUUUUUUGUCUUGGCCUUUUUGAGGCUGUCGCACGCAUUUCUGUUUUUGUUAUUU